GCAAUUAGGGUUUUUCGAGGCGCAUUGUGCUAGCUAAACUCUCCUUGUCUCUGUCCAUCUCUGCGGUGCUUUACCUCUGAAGUUAGGGCUUUCCGAAAAAAUGGGGCAUUCGAACGUAUGGAAUUCUCAUCCGAAGAACUACGGCCCGGGAUCCCGUGCCUGCCGUGUUUGUGGAAAUCCCCAUGGAUUGAUAAGGAAAUAUGGGCUAAUGUGUUGUAGACAGUGCUUCCGCAGCAAUGCUAAGGAGAUUGGCUUCAUUAAGUACCGCUAAAGAUGAAGAUCCUCGCAGGAAAGCAACCGAGUACAGAAUAGAAGAAUCGACAAGCUUAGCAUGUAGUCAGUAAUUCAGCAGUUCUAUUGUUACUUGAUCAUUUACUUAAAUGUUUGAUCUCUAGAGUACUUUGAAUUUACUGGUUUCAUUGAUGGUCUCUUCCUAACUUGGUUCAUACAAUUUCGUCUGAACCAGCAUUUUGUCAUUGGACAGCAAUAUAGUUAAGGGCAAAUUUCUUAAAUACCCCUAAGGUUUAGGAAAUUAACUAACUAUACCCUUACUGUUUCAGUAUUGUCUUAAAAUAUUCCUACUGUUUCUUACAA